GUAACAGGUGACGCAUGCGCAGCUGCACGUCACAACAGUGUGCUCUGUGCUGUUCUGAAUCAGGCCUUUUGAAACCAAAAUACAACUUUUAUUUCAUAUUUAUUCACGCUACAUUUCCUCAGCAGCAUGGACCCUGUGUUGUACAUCGCAGCGGCCCUCAUUCUGCUCGUCCUCAUCUUGUUUGCGGUGAAAGUCCGGGGGAAAACGCAGCAAGCUGAUGCUGAGCAGCGGCGUGAAGUGGUCCAGGCCGCUAUGGCCCGUCCGAGGGUCCCAGAGGAGAGAGGGGCCGGUAUGCCUCGCAGGAGGAGAGGCAUGGCUUCUGUGAUGGCCAACAGACGAGCACAGGCAGAAGAGAGACCAGAACCAGACCAGUAUGAGCCUGAGGAUGAAGAGGAAGCAGAGCCACAGAAUGUUCAACCCACUGGCAAAAUCGGAGCGAAAAAGCAGAGAAAGCUGGAGGAGAAACAGGCCAAGAAAGCUCAGAGAGAGGCUGAGAUGGAGGAACGUGAAGAGAGAAGGAAGAUGCAGGAGUUGAGAGACCAGGAGAAGAGACAAGAAGAAGAGAGGGAGAGGCAGAUGGAACUCAAACAGGAGGAAGCAGAGCGGCGAGCCAAAGAGGAGCAGGAGAGGAGGGAGGAGGAGGAGUACCAGAAACUGAAGGCAGAGUUUGUCAUUGAGGAUCAGGGGGAGGCAGAGCAGCUCACAGAGGACGAGUCUCGUAACCUCUUACAAGAAUUCAUCCAGUAUAUCGAGAACUCAAAGGUGGUGCUGCUGGAGGAUCUGGCCUCUCAUUUUGGGAUGAGGACUCAGGACGCUAUCAAGAGAGUCCAAGACCUGCUAGCAGAUGGAUCACUCACAGGAGUGAUUGAUGACAGGGGCAAGUUCAUCUCCAUCACCCCCGAGGAGCUGGAGUCUGUGGUUCAGUUCAUCCGACAGAGAGGCAGAGUGUCCAUCGCCGAGCUCGCCCAGGCCAGCAACCGGCUCAUCAGGCUGACACCAGAGGGCGCUGUGGCUGUAUGAACCAACCACAUGGACUACUAUUUAUACUGUCUGGAGGAAAUAUAAAUGUAUGGAUUUGGGGGGAGAGAAAGUAAAAGUGUCAACUCAAUAUUGUGAUGGUUGUGUUGUAGUAGUAUGUGGUGACAGGUUUUAAGGUGAAUUUGGUUUAUCAUAAGAAACUUGUACUUGUGGUACUGAUCACUUUUACCUUUUCAUAAAACAACAUUGAAGCAGCAGUGAGAGAGGGUGUAGACACAGAGAGGAGUUACUUGCCUUUUAUUUGCCCUUCAGUUGUGAGCAAAUAAAAAGGCACUUAGGAAAAUUUAAAAAGAUACAUUUUUGCUGACAGUUGUGGACAAAGCGAGUGGAAUUUGAUAUAAUCCCACACCUAAAACUCCAGGGAAGAAUCUGUCAGUCUCUCAUGAGAGACCAUGUACUCAUUUACUUUUAAAGAAAUCUAUUUUUGGUGACAAUAUUGAAUUUGAAAUUUGUGUUUCUUCAACUGCUUCACUUUUUAGCAGAUAAUAAAAACAUUUUGAAAUUAGGAAAAGAAUACUUUA